ACUUUUUGUAUCAAUAUUACCUCCAAUAAAGCGGUUGACAUCAAAGAGGGCCCCACAAUAUUAUGGGGAAGAAACCACAAGAACGGGAGCGUCAUUUCCGGUGGAAUAUUCCAGUGGAUUUAUCCUUGGUCUUUAAAAGGACGCGCUGAAAGAGCGGCGGUGAAGUUGACAGGUGAACGGGCUGGUGUUCAGCACCGACGUGUUAUCAACUUUAAGCUCUCCGGUCAGUUAACAGACAAAAGUGUCCGUGUGAGACAGACAUUAAACAAGGUCCGGCGUGGGCGUGUGCGUCUCCAUCGGUGGAUUUAUCCAGAUUUUGCGCUCUUUGGAGGUCCUGUCAGCUGUUGUGCUUUGAACCAGAGACAAUCAUGAUCCUCCUGACUCCCUCCUCUGAUGAAGAGUCUCUUGAACUCGCCUGGCUUUGGAAUCACAGGAAGUUCAGGGUGAAAAACACUUGAAGGGUUGCUACUGCAACAUUUAAAAAUACUUAAAUUUUGCAGGUCAUUGUCUGUGCAUUCUGUCUUGGCCAGUACUAUGACUUGAGAGAAAGCGAUAAACUCACAAGAGACAGAGAUUUCUUUGUUUGUUUUCACUGAUAAACAGUUUUUGGCUGGAGCGAGGCGCUUUCAGCAGUCUUUCCAUCUUGCUGACUAAGAUGCAGCUCGUUCACGCUGCGAGUUUUGUCUUCAAAACUUAACUUAACAAGUUAUUGUUUACUAACUGCACUUUAAGCAAACAUAUGCUGUAUCUAUUGGUGAUAAAUCCACAUGCAGUUUAGUUUUUGUGCCUAAAACUGCAUGUUCUAAAAACAAGGAAAGCAGGAGAGGUAGUUAUGUUUAUGUUUAUGACUCAGUCUCUGUCGUAGCCCAGGCCACGGUGGUAUUAAUAGAUUUGAACAGUUGGCUACGCGUGUGCUGCUGCCACGUCCCUGUCAGGUCGCUACGCUUUAUCAGAGUUAGCAGGCUAAUUGAUCUCACGUCUGGUAUGUGUCAAUGCAGUAGGUCCAGCUCACUCUCACUAUAGCCAAUGGUGUAUGUAGUAGUCCCCUAUAUUCAUACUGUUCCCUACACCAGUAUUUGUGUGUAUUUACCCCCCCCCCCCCGAUAAGUUCACAGGUGAGUGCUUACACUUCACGUGCAUCCUCUUCAGACGCCGUAUCCUUUUGACGUUUUCCCUUCCCAGAUUUUAUCUAUUGAUAUUGAAGUUCACUGCAUGCCACUGUGACCAAUUUGUUUUUUGAUUUGUAACAGUUAAAAUAUGUUUGAUAUAUUUAGUGUAUAAAUAUAACUGAUAAUGUAAUGAGUAGUUAAUGAGGCACUCUUCAAUGUUGCAUGCUGUAGGCUGCAAAUGAAUGAAUGAAUGUACAAAUGGAUUUUAGUGAUCUGAAAAUGGAUGAAUGUAUCGUAAGGUCCGUCUCCAUCCAAUAAACAUACGUCUUGGUAAGUGAUACUUCUUUUACAUAAGACGGGGGAAUCAAUUUCAAAGUAAUUUUUUGCUUUAAGUAAAUUGAAAAAAGAAAGAAAGAGAACGAACGGAAAAAGAAUCACAUAUGCAAACAUUUGCUACGGUAUCCUACAAUAUGGAUUCCCACUAGACGGCAUUGAAAUAAGUAUUAUGACCCAGUUAUGACUGGGAAAGCACUAAAUUAAAAUUUUUUCCCCUCAUUUUUCCUCUCCGUCCAACUGUUUGACUGAAUCUUGGAUAUAAUAAACUCUUCCCAUUCAAAUAUUCAUCUAGUAUUAGGGUUGUUCCGAUACCAAUGAAAGUAUCAAAAAUAUCUUCAAUACUGCUUAAAAUACUGGAUUGGGUAUCAAUGAGUACAGAAGGUUAUCCAUUGAUCUGAUACCACUUGAUUCAUUUAUUAAAAGGAGACCCUGCCACUUCCCAGUACACAUAUAUGAAAGUUAACAGAUUUUUUUUACUGCUUGUUUGACUUCAAGCACAUCCACAACAUCACAACCAUAAAGGAUUGGCAGUAUUUAGCUAUUAAAACACACACACACACACACAUUAUAUAGCUAUAUGGGAGUCGGGGAAGGAAAAGUUGGUAUCGGAACAUUUCUAGCUCGUUUGGUCACCUGAUCAUGUUAGGGACUUAGCUUCUAGCUUUAGCUUGUUAAACCUCAGCAGAGGUUCAUUAGCCAACACAGACAGAUGCUAACUGCUGAUGUUUUGUGGUCCCAGGUCUCUUCCAGUGUACCAACAAGCUCUUUCUGAGUGAUCAGGCCACAGGACUGCAGAUUAAGGAGUUUGCACGUAAAAAUGCAGCUAAUGCUCUGUCAGUUGCCAACAUGGUCAUGGGCAUGGCCUCCAUUCUCAGCAGUCUUAAUGGGCAUCAUCAUGCUGCAUGUUGGCUGGUUCUGAUUGGCUACCUGCUGGAUUUGGCAGAUGGAGCAGUUGCCAGGCGACUCGAUGCCUGCUCUGCACUGGGCGCUAAGCUGGAUGACUUCGCUGACUUCACGACAUUCGGGAUCGCCACUUCGUUGCUCUUAAGGACAUCUAACCUGCUGGACAACAUUCUUUGCAUGUGUUAUGUCCUGUCUGUGUUUGUACGCCUCUGUUUCUUCUCAAGCGGAAUACCGUUCAUGUACCGUGGUCUGCCCUGCAUCUACUCCUCAGCCAUCCUGGCCAGUGCCUCCCUGCUGUCAGGGGGAAACAUGGCUAUGCUUCGGGUGAUCGCAAUGGCAAUGAUCCUUUUUAUGAUUAGUCAAAACUUCUAUCCCCAUGACAGAGUGCUGGAGUCCCAAGCCUGGAAAAAAGUAGUUUAUGCUGGAGGAGUCGUCAUGGUGUUCUGCUCUUCGUUCCCCCCCGCAUGUGUGUACUACCUGCUGUGGUCUGUCUCCUACAUUUUGUUCCCAACAUCCCUUUGGAGCAGUAAAGUGUAAAAAGAAUUUCUGGCUUUGCUGAAAACUCCCAAAUAGGUUUAUUCUCUGGCCCAUCCGGGUGAACUGAGGCUUCCUGCCAUGGAGGAUUCAAGCUGAAAAUGCUUGUGCACCACAGGCCAACAUUCACUCCAUUUGUGUAGUGAUUUUUUUUUAAUACAGGCAGAGCACAAAACAAAGUAUAUACAACAAAAUAUAACAAAAAAGAAAACAGUAAUGUUCAGAUAAAUCACACAACGCACACCCGAAGCAAAAGCAAUACCCCACCCCUGUGUUUGGUUUGGUUCUUUGUGUUAAACUGCCCAUUCAUAAAAAAAUAUAUAUAAAAAUUGGGUUGAAGGUAUGUUAGGAUGUGAAAUAAAGAUAAAAGUAAAACAUCAUUUUAGUAUCCACCACAUCUGAGUGGAGGUGAGGAAUCUGUCAAUGCCCAAGGGGAGUCCAAGGAUCUUCGUAAACAGUGUGGGUCUUUACACUAUAGAUGACUUCUCUGUACUGUUUAUUCAAUGAUUUGCGUCUUUGUGAGAAUGGGAGGUCAGAUUUCCAGUUCACUAAAAUGCCAUUUUUCCAACUGUUGUUGGCAAGUAAAAUGAAGUACAAAACAGUUAAUAUUUAAUUGUUUUCAAUGGACUCUGGUCUCCUGUGAUCCACACUUAAAGACACUAUGAGAUAUUAUUUUCUAUCAUUUCUGGGGCAGUUUUAGUGAUAUAUUUCCAAAACUCUGCAAUCAUUUAGCAAUCCCAGAUCACAUGUAAAAGAUCUGCUUUUGCAACUUUACAUUUGUGACACACAGAUGAAAUGUUAAUUGUUAAAUCUGUGUAGCUUACCAGGUGUAUGGUCUGUGCAAGAUAUUGAACUGAAGUCAGUGCCUAGUCGAGAUGAAGAACAUUUGCGCUUGCUCCAAACGAUGCAAGAUUUCCUUCACAUUCAGGAUAGUCAUUGUUGAGAUUUAGCUGACUCCAGACCUGGUAAAUGUAUGAUCUGAGAUGUUGAGAAACUGUUUUUCAAAACGGUAUGUUUGGUAAUCUAUGAGGUGAGUUUGCUUUGACGCAGUGCUUGAUCUACAAGUAGGUUGUACUGAGGCAGGUUGUAUUUUAAGGAUAGCUGCUGGAAACUAGACGAUAUUCCUUCUGUGUAAAAGUCUAUUUUAAAAAAACUAUUUUAAUGCCUUUAUUCACCCAGCAUUUGAGUGUGCUGUCUGUUAUGGGAUUUGGAAUAUCAGGCCUGUUCCAUAUUGGAGUGUUUUUAAAGAGUGACCCUUUAGAUUCAAGAAUGAAAUGGGCCUCCUGCCAUGAAACGAAAGUGUUUUGUGUUAUUGGGUUCUUGGUAAUUGUACCCAGUUUGAUUUUAUUACCGGUACCCUAAAAAAGGGAAAUGCAAAGUUGUUUGCAAUUCUUGUUUUUUUUUUUUCUAUCCAUCUGCUUUGAUUGUUUUCGGAAUGUAACAACAUCCAUAUUGGUCUAAACUAUGAUGCAACCUAAUAUUUAGGUGACUGGGGCGAUGUAAACCACCUUUUGCAUGUAGGCUCUCUGAUUUAGUAAGUUUGGCUCUUAGAGGUUUUCUAUGCCACAAAAAAUAAAUGUUCUUAGCUUGUUUAGAUUUAUUUAAACAUUUACAUGGACUUGCAGGAAUACAGUGGGAGAAUGAUAAGAAUUUAGCUUAGAUAUUCAUUUUUACAGUGUUUAUUCUUCUGAUUAAGGACACAGGUAAGUCCAUCCAUCAUUGAAGGUCAGGUUUGGUUGAUCCAAUAAUUUUAUCAAAUGAUUUUCCAAACGACAUUCCCAGAUUUGCCAGAUUGAGGUAUUGUGAACAUUAAAUGGCUGAUUUUCACUUUUAGUAAAGUUUAGUCUGCAGCCCACUGAUGCACUGCUUUUUGUCAACAUAGUAGUGGUGAAAAUGAGUGGUGUCCUUAAUGAACAACAAUAGGAGGUCAUCAGCAUAGCGAUACCUCAAGUUCAGCACAGCCAAAUUUAGUCCCUCGAAUAUCAGGGUUAGAUCUAAUGGCACAGGCUAAGGUGGUAAGGUUGUAAAGCAGCAGUGAAGCUGGAUUCGUGCCUACAGCCCCUUUACAGAAAGAUGAGAUUGGGCAAAAAGUUUGUCGGUCAAAAUUCCUGUUUUUAGAGCACUGAAAAUUGAUAUAAGUUAUUUCCAGUGUUCAUUGCUUCUUGGGUUUGAAAGAAAAAUGUUGGUUCUGCAUUCUGUCAGAGACUUUGAAAAUUUCCGUUGAGAUUAUUAUCAUAGGAACUUCUUGUUUCUGAACUCCAUUGAUUAUGUGAUAUAGUUACAUAUUAUCAGAACCUUGUCUGUCUCUAAUAAACUCUUUGGUCUACAUGAAAUGUUUUUUGGAAUAGUUACAUCUGCUUGCAAUUAGUUUAUUUUAUACAGUCUGCAUUUAAUAAACUUAAUGACAUUUAAGAGUACACUUUUAACUUUACCUUAUGUUGGGAGCAUCACAUGGUAGUGUUCCUCUGUGUGAGUGCUUGAAUGCUCAUGUUUAUAAGAGUCAAAACUAUUUUAUUUAGGAAUGCUUUCUAUUGGGAAGCCAUCAAGGCCUGAUGAUUUUAAGUUUGCUGCUUGGCAUACCUCUGUUACAACUGUAUCAGAAUGUAAACAUUUUUACUUAAUAUAAAAAUGACACUCUAUUUAACCUUUAUCGUGAUGUGACACCUUUAGGACUCUAAGACCGAAUCCAAAUUGAGUGUCAGGACAUCAUAACUCAAUAUGAUGUCUGCAGUGUUGAGCGUUGCUCAGUGAGUAGCUGUGGGAUUGCUAGAGUGUAUUGGUAAGGCCUUUCUAUGAAUCUGCAACGUGAUUUCUCAGCAGCAUUUUUAAGAUUCGGACUUCUAUGUUGUCCUGACACACACUAAUGGGUAUCCACACAGCACUAUGACCAGUAUUGUGCUUAGUGACUGUUACAAGUUUGUGUUGGGGCUGGGGUCACUCUACUUUCAUAGAUUUCCACAAAUUGACUUUUUCUAUUUUGUAAUGUUCUCAAAUUCCACCAGUGGCAUCAGGAAAUUUUUGGACAUGAUGCCAUUCUAAUCAUUUGAUUUGCUGUUUUAUUUGCUGUUUGAAUGUACAUUUUAAUUAAGUUGAAUUGAAAGUCAACGCACCCCAAUUUUCGCUUCUGAGAAAUCGGGACUUUGUUAUAUUUGACGUUUAAGGUUUUUAGUUUACCAAGUUGUGACUCGAUCCUUGAAAUGGUUUAUGUGUGAUUUGACUGGGUCAUUGUAGACCAGUGUGUUUGGUCUGUGCGUCGUCCGGUCAUUCAAUUGUUCCAUUUAGCCUGGCAAUCAAAACACGGACCAGAAUUUAAUUUCUGUUGGCAUCAGAAGGAAAAUAACUGUUUUCCCAUUUUCAUGUUGAAGUGGAUAAUCAAAUAAAACGGAAAACCAAAAACAAG